AUGGAAGGGUCAGAACCUCCCAAACCUGUCCCGGCUUACUAUUGCUGUUAUCUCCUCCGGUCGACCGUCCGUCACGCCUCGCUGUACAUCGGCUCGACGCCUAACCCGAUCAGACGACUCCCCCAGCACAACGGCGUCGCCAAAGGUGGGGCCAAGCGCACCGCAAGAGAUAAAUUACGCCCCUGGGAAAUGUGCCUGGUUGUCGAGGGUUUUAUGACCAGAGUGGGCGCCCUUCAAUUUGAAUGGGCCUGGCAGCACCCGGAAAGAUCCCGGCACCUCGAACCCGAAGACGAGGGCAAGACCAAGGUUAAUAUCGACCCGAAGACAGGAAAGCCCAAACCCAAGCCACGCGCACGAGCUAGGAGAUCCCUGACGGCUCAUUUGGAGGACUUGCAUUCUCUCCUCCGGUCGACGUAUUUCUCUUCUUGGCCAUUGCGGGUCCGGUUUUUCCGUGCCGAUGUAUGGCGCGUAUGGCGCGCUUGGAACGACCGUGUAGAUUCUCGGCUGCCCCAAAAUAUCAAAACUAUCCUGGAUGGUGACAACCUAACAACGGUGCCCAACGCCAAGCAAACCAAUGAGCACGAACCUGCAGGGUGCAUCAACAACUUAUCAGUUGACUAUGCCAGGCUGGAAGAUUAUCUCGAAAAGUCGAUGUUCAUGCUGGAGGACCCUGAAGAUCUACAGUGCACGGUUUGUAACCAAUCGGUCACCCCAAACACGGAACAGAUCGUAGUAUGCCCACAACCGGAUUGUCGUGCCGGAUCUCUUGGUACCAGCCCAAGGAAGUUGUCCUUUAUGCGAAAAGAUCGUCCAAUGGCCAACGAUGAUGCGCGAGCUGAGCUUCCGCAACCGCGCAGAAAAAGAGGCACGAGCGAUUCUGCGAAAAAAGAGAAACGGCUGCGCAAAGAAUCUGCAGCCGAGAAGGCAUCGAUAGCUCGAUCAACCUCAAUGGAGCCUGGGGUGCAAGAAGAAGACUCAGCUCACGAUGAGCUCAGUCCAGAUUGGACCGAGGGACUUGACCCGGAAUCCGACUCGGAUUUUGAAGGCCGACACAAGCAUACAUCGAGUCGUCCUCCAUCAAAACUCGAGGUUGUGAUUGAGGACAGCGACUGGGAUGACGCAGAGCUGGUGGAAUAG